UGAAGUUGAAAGCAUUCAAAUGCGUGAGAAUCAUUGGAAUGUUGACGUUGUUGUCCUUAAGCAUGUUGAACGGACACUCCAGCUCCACUACUGCAUUACAUCUUCACUGUUCAGAAUCUCUUCUCUCUUUGUUCCAACCUUCAUUCUUCUUUGGUCGUGUUUCACCAAGAGCAAGACAACCAUGUAUUUCUCGCAUUCACCUUCAGAAUUUCAAGCUCAGAGUUCUCAAAGCACUACUGUAAUCCCCCCACAUCUUGUCAAACGAAUGCAGCAAGAAGAAUGCUUCAAUUGUCACCAACUUGGACAUUGGUCUUGGUACUGUCCUUCCAAAUCCCCCAAUUCUAAACGCGACUCACCUUCUCCCAACGGUGUACAGUGCAGUUGUGGGCAUGGCGCAUGCGAAAUCAAAACCUCACGCAGUGGGAGGAACUUCUAUACCUGCCCCAUCAAAAGUGGGGUAAAAUGUAAAGACUUUGUUAAGUGGUGCGAUGAACCUGUUGCUGAGAGAGAUUUGCAGCCUCCAAGGAUAAAGUAUCCUGAGUGUGCGUGUAAGGCUGGAGUUUGUAGAAGGGUUAAAAGCAAAGAGACAGAUGGGGAUUUUAAGUACUAUUUUACUUGCCCUGUUAAACAGGGUCAUGGAUCUUGUGGAUACCGUAUUUGGGAGGAUGAGAUUAAACUGCUUGAUGGAAAAAGCAUUGUUCCUACACAGCGAAGCAGCCAAAGGAGUCUUCAUGAUUUUUGGGAGGAAUGCCAAAAUGAUGAAACUGAUAAUGAGCUGGGAAGUAAACUCAGUGAAAGAAUGAAAGUUACAGUCUAUUCUGAGGAUCCCUUGGCUGUGCCAGACAAAGAAGAUAGUGGUGCAGUAUUAACUGUAGCAGAUUCGAAUCGCAAUGGUUUUCCAGAUUUCAUGGUUGAUGGUGAUGAUUCCGAGUUUAUAAACUCGGUAUCGUGGGAUACUGUUGAGGAAGAAGCAUUUCUAUCACUAUCUCAAAUAUCAAUACCUUCAAGGAUGCGUUGGCGACAAAUUAUGUUUGAGAGGCGCAUUUCCUCCAAUGCUUCAUUUGGUUCUUGUCGAAUGGGUUGGCUUGGCCGUCUUAUUUUCUUCCAUCCAGCUCAAAGCUUGAAUCUCCCCACGCCUAAGCCAUUUUUCUGCUGCAUUUUCCCAUCCUUUAAUCCAAUAAUUGUCCCUAAACAGAGGAAUGUUUCUGAUGGUCCUUGCAACAAGCUUGCUAUAAAAAGUGUUAGUCAACAACAUGCCCAACUUUCAACUGGUUGCCAUACUGAGGCUUCUGGACAUGUAGUUAGUCCCAGCAAAUCACCAGAUGGUGAAAGAAAGUCAAAGGCAUCAAGGCAUAGAGAAGUGAUCUUGUUCACACAGCAACAACUUCUAGCUGAUCUAGAAACCUUGGCUCCUCAUGAGCAUGAGUCCAUGAAAGAGGCAGCAGAAACCACUUUUGCAAUAUUAGAUGUUUUACAGGUUGACUACAAAAAGUUUUCUGAUCAUGUCUUGGACUAUAUCAAUUUUGCAUCAUCAAUUGCAAAAAUAGAUAGAUCCAUGGAAAAUUUCCUUACUAUGGAAGAUCUCAACAAAUUCUUUGAGGAGGAGAAAAUGAGAUUAGAUCAACUCCAAGAUGAUCAUGUCAAGACCAAAGCUUUGCUUGAAGCAUCAAAAAGACAUGGACAAUUGCUAUGUGAACAGGUCUCUCAUCUCGAGGCCAUGCUCAAUGCAAAACAAAAUCAAUUAAAGUUUUGUGAGUUGGAGACCUUAAAGAUUGAAACUCGCCUUGGUCAUUUGGAAAGGAAUAUAUUGGCGACUGACAUAACGCUGAAGCAAACGAAAAUGGCAAAGAAACAAAGUGAAGAAAGACAGACAAAGCAAAUUGCAGCUCAGGAAGUUAUGCAGAAGGCAAAACUUGAAUUGGAAAAUUGGUAACUCAGAAUUGAAGUGUAUAUAUAGCACACCUUUUGUGAAUAGUGCAUAUAUUUAAGCUCACUGUUCUUCUUCCUGAGCUGUGUAGGAUUGUAUCAGGUGUUAUAAUUGCAGACUUUUUGUUUCUAACACUAACAGUGUAAUAAUUCAUCCUAAAACCUUUUAUGUUUACAUAUGCUUACUUUAAGGUA